CACCACAGGCUGAGAGACGUGGAAUCUCCUGUCCUGUUGGUAGUAAAGGAUCAAGAGGGAUUUGUAAGUGAGCUCUAUUUAUAUAGUGUCAUCUGGAACCGAUUUUCGUGUUAAUCAUAACUAUAACAAAAUUCUCAAAUCUGAUUGCCUAUCAACUGACGGUGUAAUACUGCCUAAGUAAUUGGACAGUACGCGCCAUCGCGCGCACACACUUAUUUUAAAUAACUUUUUUUUCACUGCUAGCAGAAAACUCUCGGAAUUUCUUGUGUUCUAAUUUACUCGUGAUUAAACAAAUCGGACUACGACGUUAAUCACUCAUGUGAUUGCAGAACGAAUUAGACUCCAUUUAGUCCUAUUACCUUUAUUAAUUAAUAUACAAUAGGAUUUAGGAGUGUUUUUUUCAUUACUCUUUCCUAAUUUCCAAUACUUUUUCUAUUUGUUGGUCUUUUAGACCACUUUGUUUGAUGAAAAACGUUGCAUUAUAUGUCAUCAUUGGAAUUUGCCGGUCGAAAUCUCUUCCUCAAGCUAUAAUUAUACUAGAGGAGAAAUGUUUCCGGAUUUAUUACAUUUAGCUAUAGGGUAUUCGGACUUGUAGGCGUUUACGCAAACACAGCCAACUGGAAAAAAUUAAUCCUCACUGUUCACUUUAGCUUACGGAUUCAUAUUUUUGGGCACGCCACCAAACUCGGAUGUUUGUAUUUCGGGUUCAGGCAGUCCAACUAGCAUAGACCUAGCUUCAAGCCUUAUGCAUGUAUCCCUGACCUAUUUGACGAAAUCGCUUUCAUGUUUCGCCUUCUUCGAACGAUUUCUGUCUCCUGCACAACAUUUACAUUAUUAUGAUAGGUAACUUUCCACAAAAGUGAAAAGAUCGCAACAGAUACAGAUAGUAGGUCCCUCCACCACAAACGUACACGGUUAAUUUGGGGCGUCUAUAUCUCCAGUAUCAUACAUUUUGAAAGUGAAAUCCAGGUCUUUUUGUUAACAUUUGUUUAUUAGGUGUUUGAUGUAUUUUCUCCAAUUUCUCCUCGGAUGGACGCUAGUUUCUGUAGGUUUGGAAAAUCAUAUUUCUUCACUUGUAGACCACAGUUCAAGGUAAGCUUAGCGAUAAGACCUAAAACUAAAUAUAUUGUGCAGUGUUUCAUCUGGCGGACGAUCAGUUCUUUCCACCAGCGCUUUUUCUUCACCUACGCACCAGACCCUUAAGACGUUUUUUAGUUUAUCCGAGCUGUAUACAGGACGCAUGUCAAUGAAUCUAGUGACCGACUUAGCUCUCAAACGACUUCUCCCAUACAGUAAAAUGGUGGUAUAGUGUUUGAGGGCUCAGACGUUUUCCUUGUUUCAAAAGGUAUUCUUUUUUCCUGCAUCACUGUGAUUCUUUAAAAAACACGACAUAGUUAUUAGCCCCAUGUAAAGGAAUCCAAGACAGUCUCAGAUUCUGGAUUCCGGAUUCUUUGUCAAAGGAACUUGGAUUCCGCAUUCCAAUGGUUAGUGCCAUUCCGGUUACCUUGAGCUGUAUUAUGGAUUUCAAAAUCCAGGAUUCCAGAUUCCACCAGAUAAAAUUCUCAAAUUCCAGAUUCCAGAAGCAAACAUUUUGCGGAUUCCGGAAUCUGGAUUCCCUUACCUGGGAGUUAUGUUCAUUAUCGGGACGCAACGUAGUCUCACCCUAGGUUUCAGAGGAUAUUUUUUUCUCAUCGAUAUUGAUGUUUGCCGCGUCAACGAGGCGCCGAGAGAAAAAAAAGUCCGUCUUGGGAGCCUUAUCAAACCGUAAGCACGGUUUAUUUCAUCUUACGUAUUUUAAGAACGGACUUCUGGAGCCAGGGUAACGUAGCCUCACAAUAUCACAUGUAAUUAGAGAUACAGGUAUCUACAUUGGCUUGGCUCUUUUUGUAGAUUUAUCCAUGCCGUGGAAGAAAUUCUUAUUACAUGACAGGAGAUGCAAAUGGACUUGCCUUCGGAAGCAGUGAGUAAGUGUUGUCUUUUCACUGUUUUUAUAUUUAAUGGCACUCUUCCCUUCCGGAUGUUGACAAACAAUACGUAUACUAUACUAUUUUGUUUAUGAAUUUAAUGAUGAUUUGUAAAUUACAUCAAUGAAAUAAAACUUAUUUUAAUCGACAAAGCAAUGAUCUUCAGUCUCUAGUUGAGUUAUGUGUUGCUCAACCGAGUCGUUCGCAGGUCACGGGUAGGAAAGAACCCUGGGAACGAGGUCGUGUGUUGAUGAGUUUAUGUCUUUUAUAUUAAGACCCUUCUUCGUUUGACUAUUUUCAUAUUUUUGUGUCUAACUGCGUAAACCUCAACCCGCCUUUGUUGUUUGGGCCUUUAAGUUGGUCCAAAACUGCCCACAUUGCUAGAUGCAACAUUUGGAUUUGUAUUUUGAUUCUAUAACAGCUUUACAUGACUUCGAACGACUUUUAGGACCAACAGCCCGUUCUAUUAUGUUGUGUUAUGUUAGAAAAAACAUGGUGGGUCUGUUCACGCGACGAAGUACCAAGAACGCUUUUCAAAAGUCAGAACUGGCCCACCAGAUGUCUGAGUAAUUGAAACGUGAAACAUAAGUUUUUUCUCGAAAUUUUUUUCUGUAAUCAUAGGAGUGAUUAACAAAAUCGUGGGAGUCCGAUUUGUUUAAUCACGGGUUUGAUCACAGACUGAAUUGGACGGUACAAAUCGAAGUUCUGUUACAAUUUUAUCAUAAUCAUUACAAUUUUCGAAAAAACAAAUGCAUUUUGUUUUUGUGAAAGAGCUUUUAAUACCAAUUAUCCAAAAUUAGGGAAAAAUAACAAAGAGACAUUGUAUAAUGUUACAAAUUCGUCCAUUUUUGCUUUGGUUAUAGUGAUAAAUUCUGCGAUUAAAGGUGUCUGAUUACAGUCAACUGUCCGAUUACAACCCUACACAAUGAUUGGUGAAAAAUAAAGUAGUCAACGCACCAAUUAAAUUUGAGGAAAUUGUAACGGUUGUGAUGAAUAGUGGAAUUCUCUUUUUGAUCGGGCUGCUCUAGCCAGCUAAAACUGACAAAUAGUAAGCGCCCCUAGUAUGAUGACGCGAGGACACAAAGAACGGCUGCGUCAAAGACUAUGAAGUACCUUGAUCACUAUUAAAUUUUUGUUAAAUUUCAGGGGGAAAUUUGGGCUUUGGUUAGACAGUGAUCUGUAUCAUGGUAGAAGCACUGCCUGCGAAACUUAUGACAGCGAGAUGCUUUUCGCCACCGAGGAUUUCAUUUGUCUUGGCGUUGAAGUCUGGACUUUUGGGUAG